UUCAUCUUCUACUUUCAGGCGUUUGAUCAACAUUUAAAUAUGGUAUUGGGUGACGCAGAGGAAACGGUAACAACAGUGGAAAUCGAUGAGGAAACCUACGAGGAAGUAUAUAAAACAACCAAACGGAAUAUUCCAAUGUUAUUUGUGAGAGGAGAUGGUGUCAUUUUAGUUUCACCGCCAAUGCGUGUUGGUUAAAAUAUAUAUUUUUUUUUUGCUAUCUUAAAACUGUUUUAAAA